AUGGCACCUGCAGCAACCGGCGGCAAGAAGCAAAAGAAGAAGUGGUCCAAGGGAAAGGUCAAGGACAAGGCCCAACACGCUGUCGUUCUCGACAAGACCAUCGCCGACAAGCUUAACAAAGAUGUGCAAUCAUACCGUCUGAUCACCGUUGCCACCCUUGUCGAUCGUCUCAAGAUUAACGGCUCCCUCGCACGACAAGCGCUUGGCGACCUCGAGGAGAGGGGUGUGAUCAAGAAGGUCGUUGGACACUCCAAGUUGAGCAUCUACAGUAUGUCUUCCCUGAUGCUAUCGGCGACUUGUUGCUCUCUAGAGCGUGGGAGUUACGACAGGAACUAUGAAUCGAAUGCUAAUAUCGCUAUAGCACGUGCCGUUGGUGGCGAUUAA